AAUUCUAAACGUUUCAAAGCUCUUGCAACAUGAAAGAACUGAAGAACCUUUGCUCCAAAUGGCAGACAUUGCUUUGGCUACAAGUUAUCACUACAGUCGGCACGUUGUGUUCGGUCACAAACCAAACUUUACCAUCCAUUAGCUGCUACCUAAUCAAGACAAGAAUAGAGAUAACAGAUGUACAACAAGCUGAAACUAAGAUGCCUUAUUCUUUGCAGAGAGUUAUUGACUUGGGCUGUUCACAAAGCUCGAAGUAUACCUACACUGCUGCUGUGACGGUGGAAGUCAAUGUUUUGGAAAGUAUGAACUUGAAAGUGGUACAGAAUAUAAGUGAUUUAAGAUCUUGUGUGUGGUCGCUAAGACAGAGCAAUAUGAACUGCAGCAUCAUACAAAACUCAGACAACAGUAGUGUUUAUCUGCAGGUUUUACGAACAACCAAAAGGCAUGCUGGGAUAUAUGAGUUGUCAGUUAAAAAUGAGGAAGCCAGCUACCACGUACAUUUUCCAGUAAAAGUAAAAAGUAAACCACGGAAGCCCUAUUUUAACGAAUCAAGAGGGAUUGUGAGCUGCAUUUCUGAAAGUUAUCCUAAGCCUUCAGUAGACUGGUUAAUAUGUCUGUCACCGUAUAGCAGUGACUGCAGAUGUGAAAAUAUAACAGGUGAAAUGUUGUACAAGAAAGUGGAUCCUUAUGGAUUAGAACAAGUAGAGCAUAAAAUAAAAGCAAAUCGUCUACUUGAUGAACACAUCUGGUGCUGUGCAACAAAUGACCUUGGUAGAGAAUGCAGCCAACUGUACACAAUAGAUCUAAAUUCUGAGACAUCUGUACCUGACUUACUAAUUAAAACUGGAGAGCCAUUUAUUAUGAGAUGUCGAGCAAGGUACAAAUCCUAUGACUUCGACAUAAACUUUAAUUUAGGAAGGGAAGAUAAGAUAAUGAUUUUUGAGGAAAGUGCAUAUGAUUCACCAUCUUCUUCACCAUCUUCUUCAAGUAUGACAAGAGUUGUAUUUGCAUCUACUGCACGAAUGGAGAAAAGCAACAAUUUCACCUGCGUGUCAUCAUCUCAUUCCAGCAAAGCAGCAGUGGUGAAACUUUUAGACAAUGGGUUUAUUGAUUUGAAUACUUCAAGGGAAGUGCAUGACAUUGAGCGAAACGAAGAUUUUUGUCUUCUUGUUGUGUUUAAAGCUUACCCAACUGUACAAUGUAUAUGGUAUUACUAUUCUGUCUCUUUACCUUGUGAUCUUCAUGCAAGAAAAGAUGGAUAUAGCCAAUCAAAACAUUGCAGUCAUAGGUUUGAACCUGGAGAGUAUAUGUUCUAUGUAGAAAAUGAUGAUGUGCAUCUUAGCAAAAACUUCUCUCUGAAUAUUCUACAAGCAACAUAUUUGCCCCAUGACCAAAACAAUUUUAUGUUCUAUAUUGGAACUGGUAUAUGUGUCCUUUGUAUUUUUUCCUUAAUUCUCCUACUCCUUAACAAGUUCAAAAAGCAAUACAGAUAUAAAAGCCAGCUACAAAUGAUACAAUAUAUUGGCCCUUCAGAUAAUGAAUACAUAUAUAUUGAUUUCAACAUUGUGGAAUAUGACCUAAAAUGGGAGUUUCCAAGGGAAAAUCUAGAGUUUGGAAAAGUUCUCGGUUCAGGAGCCUUUGGAAAAGUAGUGAAUGCUACAGCAUAUGGCAUCAGCAAACCAGGGAUCUCGCUCCAAGUUGCUGUAAAAAUGUUGAAAGAGCAUGCUAAUAGUUCAGAAAAAGAUGCAUUAAUGUCUGAACUAAAAAUGAUGACACAAAUUGGACACCAUGAAAAUAUAGUGAAUCUGUUAGGAGCGUGCACUUUGUCAGGACCUAUUUACCUAAUCUUUGAGUAUUGUUGCCACGGUGAUCUUCUCAAUUACUUGAGGAGUAAGAGAGAGACAUUUCACCAAACAUGGACAGAUGUGGUGAAGGACAAUAACUUUUCUUUUUACCAUAAUUUAAACCAGGAUCAACAAUUCAGACAGUCAAUAAACAAUGAAUCUUACAAUGAGAUAUUCAGAACUCAACAUACUAACAAAACUCAGCAAAAUCUUGCAUUGUCUUUGGAGCAUGAGGCUUUGCAACAGGACGAGGAAAUUAAAUAUGAAAACACACAGAAGUAUGUUGAAGAAGAUCUAAAUGUCCUCACAUUCGAAGAUCUGCUCUGUUUUUCAUAUCAAGUUGCAAAAGGGAUGGAAUUCCUUGAGUCAAAAUUAUGCAUUCACAGAGAUCUCGCUGCCAGAAAUAUACUCUUGACCUAUGGAAAAGUUGCAAAAAUAUGUGAUUUUGGACUUGCCAGAGAUGUUGAAAAUGAUUCUAACUAUGUUGUCAAAGGAAAUGCCUGUCUACCAGUAAAAUGGAUGGCUCCGGAGAGUAUAUUUGAUGGAAUAUACACCAUUAAAAGUGACGUGUGGUCAUAUGGAAUAUUACUUUGGGAAAUAUUUUCACUUGGUGUAAAUCCUUACCCUGGAAUGCCUGUUGAUGCAAAAUUUUACAAACUUCUUCAAAGUGGAUAUAAAAUGGACCAACCUUACUAUGCCUCUGAUGAAGUAUAUUUCCUGAUGCAAUCCUGCUGGGCUUUUGAUUCUAGGAAUAGACCAUGUUUCCCACAGCUUGUUUCCUUUUUGGGAUAUCAGCUUUCAAAUGCAGAAGCUCUGGUUUAUCAUCACAGGGGCAAUAAACAAAGCAGCAAUGCAUCCUACCAACAAAACUUUUUAAAGGAAGUGUCUGAAAAUCCUUCCAUAGAUGCAAAUGGGAGUCAGGAGGAAAAUGUACCAAUGUGUCAAUGAUUUUAUUGCGCUACUGAUGACGAAUGUAUAAUAUUCCAUUUACUCACUAAGAAAAUAAAUUAUUUGGCGCUGCUUUUAGAUCUGUAUAUCUGAGUAAAACUAUUAGCAUUAAACUAAUGCAAAGUUUCAUUUUCUAAUUCUUUAGAGCAGUGAUGGCCAACAUCCAUGUAAAUUAGGGCCACAGAUCGAUAUUUUAAAAGACGUAAAGGAAUAGUAAAGUCAAUAUUAAACUUUCAUUAUUCAAAUAGAAAAUACAAUUUGAAACACCUUUUCAAUUUACUUCUAUGAUCUGCUUUGCUUUGUUCUAUUGGUAUCCUUUGUUGAAAAGCAUACCUAGGUAUGCACAGAAGGAACAAUGUACUUCUGGUAUUUAGAUGCUGAAUGGUGGCUCAACAUAAAUGCCUCUUGCCAUUGGCUAACCCAAUGCAUUCAGCUAGCUCCCAGUAGUGAAUUGCUGCACCUUUGACAAAGGAUACCAAGAAAAGUAUGAAAAUGUAAUUAUAGAAGUAUUUUGGAAAGUUGUUUAAAAUGAUAUGUUCUAUCUGAAUCAUGAAAGAAAAUCUUUAAGUUUCAUGUUCCUUUAAGGGUUGCAUAUAAAUGUAUUGCUUUAAAACACAGAAAUAAGGUCAGUAAUACAAUACUAACACGCCUUAAUAAAUAAGAACACAUUUUAUGCAUUAUAAUAUCCAUUUUAUAUAUUCAGUAUAUAUUUAUAUUUACAAACAAACUUUAUUGUAGUAAAAUGCAUCCAAAUUGCAUAACUGUUUACAAUGUAAUUGUGACUCAUUUUAACAGAUCAAUUAAUAAUUAAUUACUUUUUAUCUACUUGAUUAACUGCAUUAAUUGUGAUUAAAUGAUAAUGUAUAAUACAAUUUAAACAAAUGCUUUAAAAAAAAUUA